CAAAUACUAUAAGCAAUGAAUUUAAGGGUCGAGGUGAGUUUUCACAUAAGAAAAAAAUAAUUUCUGGCCACAAGAAACUUUUUUUUUCAAUUCAUGAUGCAAAAAAUUUAUUGGAGUUAAAUUUUUUUGCGUUAAGAAAUUUUUUUUUCUGUGUAUUCUACCAAAUCUAAAUGUGUUAAAAAAAAAAUUUACGUUAAAUUUGAUAUUUUGGAAAAAAUUUUUACAGGAAAAAUUUGAGGAAGUUAAAUUAUUAAUCGACAAAGUUGCGUCGUUUAUAAAUAUACUGGGAGGUUGGCCAAUUGAGCCGACACUUAAACGUCAAAUUUUAUUUUAUAUUUAUCUAGUGUACCACAUUGUUUAUCUUUCAAUGGGAUACAAUGAUUUGUUUGAAAUUAUUGGAAAUCUUGAUCUCAUUACAGGAAAUCUUACGACAACGGCCAUGCAAACAAUCGUGUUAGUGCGCAUGCUUUAUAUUAAAUUUUCUAAAAAUAUUUUCGAGAUAAUUAUGGCCGUAAAAGUUGGAAUUCUCGAAAAAAAUGGAUACAGUCAGUUAGAAAAAGAAAUUUUUUUGGGUUAUUACUCAUUAGCCAGAAAAUAUCAUAGAGUUACUAUUGUUUUCUCUUUCGUGGCGGGUUUCAGUUGGUGUUUGUUACCUCUGCAAAAUUACGUUAUUUCUUUAUUAUUGAAUAGGCCAGCUAUUUUAAUAGCGCCUUAUAGGGUAAAAAUAUUUUUUUUGAAUGCCACAUCAUUCAAAAGUAUUGUUGUCAUAUACAUUCUAGAAACGCCACUGCCAUUACCUCCGAUUUGUUAUGUCGCCAUAGUUAAUUUGCAAGUUGUACUUGUUAUUUAUAUUUGCGCUCACAUGGCGAUACUUUCACAGAGAAUAUGUAAUUUUCGUCUUGACAAUAAAUCAUCUUAUCGUAAAUUUUGUGAAAUUAUUAAUAUACAUUUGAAAAUAAUCAAACUAGCAAAAAAAAUUGAGAACACUUGGACGCCAGUUUAUCUUUUUGAAAUGUUAGUUUUGACUCCCAUCGUAGCCUUAGUUAUGUACUACGGACUUUUGGCUUUUGAUGCCGGUGAAAAAGUUGCAUUCAUAUCUCUCUGUACGUAUGUCUGUGCGGCAAUGUCAUGUUUGUUUGCAAAUUGUUUAAUGGGUGAAAUGUUAAAAACUGAAUGUGAUCGCCUUUUGGACGCAUAUUAUCACUGUAACUGGUAUGACAUGCCAAUUAGUGAUAGGAGAGUUGUGUUAACUUGUAUGACUUACACAAAAAAUCCUUUUACAAUCACGGCUGGAAAAGUUUACACUUUUUCAUUUAAUGCGUUUGCAGGUAGCUUAAAAAAGUAUAUUUUGCCUCUCCAAAGGUGUUUUGUUGCUUGGCUGUCACAUAAACCAUUAGUUCUAGUAGUGCCUUACAAAGUCAAAGUAUUUUUCUUCAACGUUUCAUCAUUCGAACGUACGUUUUUAUUGUAUGUUAGUCAGUUUCCAACGUCACUCAUGCAGCCAACUUACGUCGCCACAAUUAACAUGCAACUUGUGAUUGUCACAAAUCUCUGCGCUCAAAUAGCAAUUCUUUCGAACGAAGUUCGAAAUUUAGAUUUGGAAAGGAAUUCCUCAUCUUUUAAUUUAAUUCUGAGAGAUAUUGUACUCCGACAUGUUGAAUUAUACAAGUUAGCAAGAAAAAUUGAAAAUACUUGGGCGCCUAUUUACUGUCUCGAGCUUGCUGUUUUAACUUUUCUUAUUUCAUUAGUUAUCUAUAAUGCGAUGAUCCUUCUAAAUAGCGGUCAAAAGGUAACAGCCAUUCCUUAUUGCACUUACAUCAUUGUAACACUAGGAAGUCUCUUUGGACAUUGUCUGAUGGGGGAGUCAUUGAAGAACCAAUGCGAUCUUCUUUCGGAAGCUUAUUAUCACUGUAACUGGACUGAUAUGUCGAUGAAUAACAAAAGAAAGUUGAUGAUUUGCAUGACUUACACCAAUAUCACUAUGCCUAUCACCGCUGGAAAAUUUGUCGUUUAUUCAUACAAUGCAUAUACAGGUAAACAAUUUAAAGAAGCCAAAUUAUUAUUCGGCAAAAUCGCUUGGAUGAUACAAAUUUUGAAUGCUUGGCCAAUUGAUCGUACUACGAGAGGAUUACUACUUUUUAUAUUUUACUUGAUCUAUGAAAAUAUUUAUCUUUCUAUGGCGUACAAUGAUUUUUUUUCAAUUUUCGGUGAUCUCCAGCUUAUGACUGCAAAUCUCUUAGGAACUUUAGUACAGACGGUGAUGAUGACACGAUUGACGUUUGUCAGAUUUUCAAAAAGCUUAAAGAACAUUAUUAUCGAAGUAUUAGAUAAUUUUUGUGAUAAAAAUUAUGAAGAUCCGAAUGAAAAGAGAAUCUACGUUCAAUACAGUUCAAUGGCAGUAAAAUUCUAUAAAGUUACAAUGAUGUUUGGUGCUGGGUCUGCAUUCGGCUUCGGCCUGUUGCCUUUACAGAAAUGUUUCAUUUCUUGGUUACUGCAUAAACCUGUCGUGCUAGAGCUUCCCUUCAAAAUAAAAGUAUUCUAUCAUAGUAAUUUAUCUGCUGAUCAAACUCUUCUAUUGUAUAUGUACGAACUACCGUUACCAAUAAAUGCAUGUUGUUUUAUUGCGUCGAUAAAUCUGCAAUUCAUGAUCAUAAUGAAUAUAUGUGCGCGUACUGCUAUUUUGAGAAAUUUAAUAAAGCAUACGAAUGUCAAGGAAAGAACCAGUAAUCAAAAGCUAUUUUUCAAGCAAAUAACUCUUAAACACUUAGUUUUACUCAAAUUAAUAGAUGCGUUCGAGCAAACAUGGACACCAAUAUUUUGUUUUGAGACAAUUAUUCUUGUUCCGCUUACGUCAUUAGUAAUGUUUUCAGUUUUGGCAAUAGAUGGUAUUGACACGAUAGCAAUUUUGACACUAAUAACUUACGUGGCCUCAAUGUUGUCAUGCUUAUUCGCAAACUGUUGGAUGGGUCAGCUUUUGUUAGAUGAAGUAUGCAACCCUAUAAAAAAUUUCUAUCUACAUUUAUAAUACAGACUUUUGUAUCUUCAAAUGAAGCGUGAUCAACUUUUGGAAGCAUUGUAUGGAUGCAGCUGGUACGAAAUGUCAA